AUGUGGGAAUGGUGGUACUACUUUCUCUGGGUAGUUCUGUUCAUUCAGGGCGGCCAGGGCCAGGUUGCCUAUGACCCUGUCACCAACGCCCUCGUGUGCUCCAAGGCAGGAGGCAGCUUCUGCAUUGGCAAGUCUCUUGAUGCGACAACUAUGGCUUCCUGUGUUUCUGCGACUGUGGUGGAAGUUCGCUCCUGUGGUAUCCAACUUGCUCAAAUCAUUCCUUCGGACUUGAGAUUCGCUGCUGUUUGCUUCGAAUCUUCCCCCAGCAGUGGUGACGCUGUGUGCGCAUUCAACGGCACCGGGUAUACUCUCUCAAACGAGCCUGUCCCCGUCCCCGGCAGUAUCCUCUGCGACUCCGUUGGUAAUGGUAACGGGAGCGAAGAGAACCCCCUGGCUACUAGGAGACAGGACACGCCCUCGAACUCCUCGUCGGACGCGGCCACCGCAUGUAUCAACCCCGACGUGACGGCUUCAACGCAGACCGUCAACCCCCUGGCACCCCCGUACUCAGCAGCUUACCCAAUGUCCAGCGAUCUUGGUUCCGGCCUUUCUACCCCGUCUCUUGUUGCAACUCAGAGUGUCGGGAUACCCUCCUCCUCCUCCGGAACGCCUAGAGUCCUCACUCUCACUGAGUCGCGCGCCCACUCUACCACGACGGUCACGUCUACGUCCACCCAUCCUGUGAGUACGAGCACUAUUAUUGUCACGGCGGGCAUGCAUACCAAGUCUGCCGCGUCUGCUACCCCGUCUUCAAACAUUGGGGUUAGUCUCGCUGGUCAUCGGGGGCCUUAUGAUGUCUCUGGCGUGCAGGUUGCUUGGGCGAUGUUGGCUACCAGUUGGGUUAUCUUGUUGUCCUAG